AUGGCCCGCUUUGAUGACCACAUGCCUACGCGGCCCGUCGACCGCGACAAGGCUGAGUCCGAGCUAUCCAUCCAUAUCAAGAAGGCCACCAGCAACGAGGAAACCGCCCCCAAGCAGAAGCACGUCCGCAAAUGCAUUGUUUACACCUGGGACCACCGCACCUCGCAGUCCAUCUGGACUGGUCUCCGCGUCCAGCCCAUCCUUAGCGAUGAAGUGCAGACCUUCAAGGCGCUCAUCCUCGUCCACAAGGUGCUCCAGGAAGGCCACCAGGUCGUCCUCAAGGAGGCUCAGGCUCAGAUCGGAUGGUUCGAGACCUGUGCACGCACUGUCGGCGCAGACAGCAUGCGCGGCUACGGCGCUCUCAUCCGUGCCUACGUCAACUUUAUUCUCGCCAAGCUUCGCUUCCAUCGUCACCACAAGGAGUUCAACGGCCUGUUCGAGUACGAAGAGUAUAUUUCGCUAAAAAACAUCGACAAUCCCGACGAGGGUUACGAAACCAUCAUGGACCUCAUGAACUUGCAGGAUCAGAUCGAGCAAUUCCAGAAACUCGUCUUUGCUCACUUCCGCGGCUCGGCCAACAACGAAUGCCGCAUCUCGGCCCUUGUUCCCCUCGUCAAGGAGAGCUACGGCAUCUACAAGUUCCUCACCUCCAUGCUUCGCGCCAUGCACCGACGCACCGACGCCAGCGACGCUCUCCAGCCAUUGCGAGAGCGAUACGACUCGCAGCACCACCACCUCCGCAAGUUCUACUACGAAUGUGCCAACCUCAAGUACCUUACUUCCCUUAUCAAUGUCCCCAAACUCAACCACGAACCCCCUAACCUCUUCGAGCUCCCCGAAGAAGGUCCCUACCUCCCGCCUCGCCAGACACCUAAAGCUCCUACGCCCGAGCCUGGUCCAACGCAGGCCGAGAUCGACGAACAGGCUCGACUGCUCAAACAGUACGAAGACAAGCAGUCCGCGCUCAAAGCCCAGGAGGAAGCCGAGAGGCAGAGGCAAGCAGACCUCGCCGCCAAGCAACAGCGCGACUUUGAAGAGCAGCAACGUCUUCAAGCUGAACAGCAGCGUCUGGCACAGGAACAGCUCAUGCGGGCACAAAUGGACCAGAUGCAGGGCGGCCGACUUGCCGAGCUCGAACGAGAGAUCCUCGCCAUGCGUGGCCAGUACGAGCGCGACCAGCUCAUGCUCGAGCAGUACGACAGGCGUGUCAAGGCGCUCGAGACCGAGCUUGCCAACAUCGGCCAAAACUUUGGCGCACAGAUGCAGGGCAAGGACGAGAUCAUCAAGCAGCUCCAGGACCAGGUCACCCUCUGGCGCAACAAGUACGAGGCGCUCGCUAAGCUCUACUCGCAGCUCCGAUCCGAGCACCUCGAGAUGCUCGGCAAGUACAAGCAGUUGCAGAUCAAGGCCGGCAGCGCCCAAGAGGCUGUCGACAAGAUGGAGCGUAUGGAACGCGACGUCAAGGCCAAGAACCUCGAGCUCGCCGACAUGAUCCGCGAGCGUGACCGCGCCCGCUUCGACCUCGACAGGAUCAAGGCGAGCCAAAAGGAAGAAUUCGACCGCCUCAAGCGAGACCUCAUGUUCGCCAACGAACGUGCUGAGGAUGCUACACGUGCCAAGAGCUCCGAGCUUUCGGGCAUGAUGUCGACGCUCAACCGCCAGAUCGCCGAGCUUGAAGACUCGCUGCGCGAGAAGCGCAUGGAGCUCGAUGCCCGCGAUGCCGAGCUGGCACGCAUCCGCGACGAGAAGGACGCCGAGCUGGCCAUUUUGCAAGAGGGCAUGGAUGCCACCAUCAAGCAGCUCACCGACCUGCAGCUCAACCAGGGUGAGAGCGACCAAGCUGUCAACGCCCAGAUCGACACUUUGAUCCUCGACAACACCAAGAAGCUAAACGCCAUUAUCGACUCGAUCCUCCAGGCAUGCGUCGACAAGGUGGACGAUGCACUUUACGAGCUCGAAUCGCCUUCGGGCACGGGCAACACCACAGCCACCCCCGAGUACGUCUUGUCCAUGAUCGAAAAGGGCACCACUUCGACGAAUGAGUUUGCCACCGUCUUUUCGCUGUACUUGUCCGGAGAGGUGGGCGGCGAGCACGUCGAGGUCAUCAAGCGGGCCAACCAGCUAGCACAGACCAUCAGCGACACUCUCACCAGCACCAAGGGUAUUACUCGUCUAGCACAGAGUGACGAUGCUGCCGACAAGCUCAUUAGUACGGGCCGCGAAGCAGGUAACGUGCUGCUGCGCUUUUUCAGCAACCUCCAGUCGUACCGUCUGGCGGGUGUUGCUCCGGCUCAGCGCCGCGAUGUGGUUGCGCGUCAAAACAUGGAGGCACGCUCUGCCUUUGCCAACCUCAACAGCGUGGUUGAAACCAUGGUCAAGGCGGGCAACACUAUGCUUGCGAACGCCAAUGGCGAUAUUGGCGACAUUGUGGAGCGCGAGAUGAUGAAUGCCGCCUCUGCGAUCGAUGCUGCCACGGCCAAGUUGCAGGCUCUGUUGUCGAGGCCGAGGGACCACAACAAGUACUCUGCGGUGGAUCUGCAGGUGCACGAUGCGAUUCUGGAGGCGUCGUUGGCGAUUACGCGUGCCAUUGCGGGUCUGAUCAAGGCGGCUACCGAAUCGCAGCAAGAGAUUGUGGCCAAGGGCCGAGGAUCGUCGACCAACCAGCAGUUCUACAAGAAGAACAACCGCUGGACCGAGGGUCUCAUCUCCGCUGCUCGUGCCGUUGCGUUUGCGACCACGAUGCUCAUCGAAGCCGCCGACGGCGUCAUUACGGGCACGCACUCGCUCGAGCAGCUCAUCGUUGCAUCAAACGAGGUCUCGGCCGCAACGGCGCAGGUGGUGGCUGCAUCGCGCGUCAAGGCCGAGUUUAUGUCGAAGACGCAAGACAGGCUCGAGCGUGCGGCCAAGGCGGUCACAGAUGCGUGCAGAGCGUUGGUCAAGCAGGUCAAGACCAUCACGGACAAGCAGAGCAACGGUGCGGCCGACUUUGAUUAUUCGACCAUGGCGGUGCACGAGUUCAAGGUCAAGGAGAUGGAGCAGCAGGUCGAGGUGCUCAAGCUGGAGAAGGAGUUGACCCAGGCGAGACGGGUGCUCGGUGCUAUGCGCCGUGCUGGAUACCAUGCGAAUGACGAAGAUUGA